AUGGGCGUUGGCGAUCCGCGUACCGAACUUGGAAUUUUCGGCCGCUGCCUUUGGUCUGUAUGGUUCAUUCGCAGGGCGCUUAGCCGCCCUGAGGUUGACAGCGAUACCGAAUCUGAAGUGAGUGAUAUUGAUCAAGAUGAUGUGAAUGAGAGGCAAGAUGAUGCAACUGAUGGUAACAUAUAUCUUGAUACUAGUGAUCAGGCGGCAAAGGAAAAAACGAGCAGUAGCAAGUUGACAAGGGCAAUGAAACGGGAACUGAAGAAGAAGAAGAAUCGUAAAGAAAAUCCUGAAAGUGUUGAGGAUCAAGAAUUGUCCACAACCGUUGAUCAUAUGAAUAAUGCAAUGAGGAUCAACGAGCGGGCCAGCCAGAUGACUUGGGAUACAGUCAGGGGCGGACCUAAUGUAGGUUGGGGCGUAGCACGGGCUACGGCUCAACUUUUUUCCGUUCCGCCACUGGAUACAGUCAACAAUAAGUUUAAGGAGCUUGUUGCUGCUCGUGGUAGAAAGGGGACCGAAAGACUUGAGCUUGUUGAAGAACUAACGUUCUUAACCAAGGCGGCUAUAACUCCUGCUCAGAAACUUGAGAUCUUGCUUAGUGUGGUCUAUGCGCAGUUUGAUGUUAAUCAUGGUAACAUGCCUAUACACGUGUGGAAGAAGUGUGUGCAUAAGAUGCUUGUCAUUCUUGAUAUUCUUGAGCAGUAUCCAAACAUUGUGGUUGAUGAAACUGUGGAGCCUGAAGAGAAUGAAACCGAAAAAGGAACGGAUUACAAUGGUAUUAUACACAUUAAGGGAGACUUGGCAGCCUUUCUAGAGAAGAUAGAUGUUGAAUUCUUCAAGAGUUUUCAGUUUAUUGAUCCGUAUACUCGUGAGUAUGUAGAAAGGCUUCAAGACGAACGGUUGUUGUUUGUUCUUGCUCAGAAUGUUCAAUCAUAUCUACAACGUCGUGGGGACCACAAGGCUGCGGCCAGAGUGUUAAAGCUAGUCGAACUUGUGUAUUACAGACCACAAGAAGUAUAUGAUGCUAUAAGGAAUUUGGCUGACCGAUCAGAAGUUAAAGAAAACGAAGAAGAAACGGAAUCACCUGCUUUUGUGAAUACACCUGAAGUUGUGCCUCGAAUACCUAAUUUUCCGACAAGUAGUAGAAAUCUGAUGGAUAUGCUGGUUUCUUAUAUAUACAAGCAUGGUGAUGAACGGACCAAGGCCCGUGCAAUGCUUUGUGACAUUUACCACCGUGCAAUUUUGGAUGAUUUUUUUACGGCUCGUGAUUUGUUGCUUAAGAGUCAGUUGAAGGAUAGUGUUCAGCAUAUGGAUAUUACGAAUCGGAUACUCUUUAAUAGGUCAAUGGCUCAGCUUGGCUUGGGUGCUUUUAGGGCUGGGCUUGUUUCCGAAGGGCAUGGCUUUCUUUCGGAGUUGUAUUCAGGUGGCAGGGUGAAAGAGCUUCUUGCGCAAGGUGUUUGUCAAAGCCGUUAUCAUGAGAAGACUCCAGAACAGGAACGCGUGGAACGUAGAAGCCAGAUGCCAUACCAUACGCACAUCAACCUCGAACUUCUAGAAUCUAUACACUUAAUAUGCGCCAUGUUACUAGAGGUUCCCAACAUGGCAGCAAACCGCUAUGAUGCAAGGCGCAAAGUCAUAAGCAAGACACUAAGACGAUUACUUGAAACAAGUGAGAAACAAACAUUCACCGGGGCUGGGAUCCAUGAAACCAUCAUGGUAGCCACUCGAGCCCUUAGGAAAGGUGAUUUCCAAACAUCUUUUAAUGUUAUCAACUCACUCGAUGUUUGGAAGCUUCUUAAAAACCACGAAUCGGUUCUAGAAAUGCUGAAAAACAAGAUAAAGGAAGCAGCCUUACAAACUCGCCUGCUCACCUAUUCAUCAUCAUACAAGACUCUAAAAUUGGAGCAACUUUCAAAGAUGUUUGACCUUCCGGAAAGUCAAACCCAUGGUAUUGUCAGCAAGAUGAUGCUCAAUGAUGAGAUUCAUGCCGGCUGGGACCAGUGUACACGUUGCAUUGUUUUCCAUGAAGUUGAGCAUAGCCGGUCGCAGGCUCUGGCUUAUCAGUUAACCGACAAGCUAUUGGCUCUUGCUGAGAGUAACGAGCGGGCCACAAAGGCGAGGUUAUGUGACGGUUCUAACCGCAUGGUGAGUCUGAACAGGGUGACUAGUUUUUAGUGGAAUAUGUUUGGUUGUUUGGAUGAAAAAUGUGAUGGGAGUAAAACAAUUUUUAGACACCUUUUGAUUUGAAGUUCAUUAGAUGGACAGUUAACUGAUUUAAGUAUCAUAUAAGUUUGAGAUGAUAACUGAAUGUGGUUUUGU